CAAUUGGCAAACCCCCCUUUGUGGCUUUUCCCUUGUUCUCCGUGGUAAUGGAACUAACAUGGAUGCGCAAGCUAAGAAAAAGGCAUUGUUUCGUGCUAAAUUGAAUGCCCAGAAGAAGGAAAAACGCAUUGAAUCUCCCCUUGUGAGGUAUAAUGAAUUUGAUCAGCCUGUUUGCCGGGUUUGUGAUGUUGUUUUGAAGUCUGAGUCUAAUUGGGAUGCACAUCAAGUUUCUCGUAAGCAUCGUGAGGCAAUAAGUAAUCUUAAAGCAAAUGCAGCAGGACUAACUCAAAACAAUAAUGCAAAGCCUGAAAUUACCAAGGCCAAACCAGAACAGCCUUCAGUCUCACAAUUCAAAAUGCCCCAAUCUUCACAAGAAGUGCCUAAACCUCAGUCAUCGUCGGUGCUUCCACCAAAUUUUUUUGAUGACAGUCAUGCAAGAAAGGCAAGCUCUGAAAAGGACUUGGAAAAUGAGAAAGGUAAUUUUCAUGCCAAUAAUACUGCACAGUCAAAGGUUAGUAGUCAAGCAGCAAUGGAGACUAGGCAGACAUCAGACAAGACUGCAGAUAAAGAGACCAAGCCAGUAAAAGAGGCUCUGCCGGAAGGCUUUUUUGAUAAUAAGGAAGCCGAUUUGCGGGCACGUGGCAUUAAGCCUGUUAAGCCAGAUAUCAAAGAUGAAUACAAGGAAUUUGAGAAGUUGAUUCAAGAGGACUUGAAGGAGGUGGAUGAUCGUUUUGAGGAAGAAGAGAUUGAUGCUGCUGAAAUGAUAGAAGAAGCUGAAUCUGUAGAGCAAAAGAACUUCAGGGAGAAAGUGGAGUUGUUGAAGAGGAAGAGAUUGGAGCAAAAGGCUUCUAAAUCUGCGAAGCGUAGUAAAUCUUCUGAGGUUGUAACCAAGGAGUCCAGACAUGAAGAGUCAUCCAGUGAUGAUGAAAGUGGUGGGAAUUUCGCUGUGGACUGGAGAGCACAACAUUUGUGAAUGCUUGCUAAAUUUUACCGUUUCUUGAAUUCAAAACCUUGAAUAUAUUAUGUACAUUCACAUCACAUUUUAUAUGUACAAUUUAGCUUAUCAUCUUCUUGUCUAAGGUAAGCCCAUUUUCUUUUCUGAAUUUGCUUAGCUUUGGACAUACAAGGUGUUCUUUGGUGUGGAUUAUUGCCUACUUGUUUCUUAACCUAAACUUUAUUGAUAAUACAAUGUCAGUGCUAUAGGAUCAUCAGUCAA